AACGGUUUUCUCCCGAGAAACCGGGGGAAUUUCUCGCCCACUACGAUAUUGUUGGAGUACACCAAGUGUACUAUCAUGAGCCAUGGUGGGAUUUUUGGGAUCUUUUAAAAUCUCCUGGAAAACCAGAUCAUGAAAUUUUUCAAUCGAAUCUGGGAUUUUUACAUCAGCCAUUUUAUAGAGCAUAUCAAGUUACACAUGUCAAGCUAUUUUUAUAACUAUUCGAUUAGUUUAACUAAGUUUUAAAUUUUUCAAACACUAGAGUGUUACCAUGCACGUAUAUAUGUAUGCUUUUAAGCAAUACUUGAACUAAAUGUUUCUGACUCCAUCAAAACUAAUCGAAUAGUUAUAAAAAUAGCUUGACAUGUGUAACUUGAUAUGCUCUAUAAAAUGGCUGAUGUAAAAAUCCCAGAUUCGAUUGAAAAAUUUCAUGAUCUGGUUUUCCAGGAGAUUUUAAAAGAUCCCAAAAAUCCCACCAUGGCUCAUGAUAGUACACUUGGUGUACUCCAACAAUAUCGUAGUGGGCGAGAAAUUCGCCCGGUUUCUCGGGAGAAAACCGUUUGCCAAAAUGACCGGAUCGAUGAUUUGGGCUCUCACAGGAUCAUCUACUGUAAAAGAACGGAAGCAUGUCUAGAGCUCGCGGUUGUGUGAAUUUGUAUUAGACACUAUCUAGUAGUUAUGAUAGAAUUCUUAAGUCUAAGUAAUGUGUCGUUACAGAGUUGUACGUAGUUUACAUUGACAGUUUCCUUUGAUGCCGGAAUUUGUGCAUUUUCGGGCUCUUUGCAAAAACUGAAUAUCUCAGCAACGCAACAACUUUAGAAUCUGCGGUUUUCGCCAAAAUGCAUGAAAAUGUUUGCUUUAAAGAAAUCCACUAUGUUGGAAAAAGAAAUCUGACAUGGUCGAUUGAGCACGUUAGGUCGUGACUUAUCUUUAAUGGCUCAUAUGUAUUAUGGAUAACUGAGUAUAUCAACCAAAGAAAACAACCUAUGACAAAGUACUGAUGAAAUUAUCUUUUUUCACAGUCCAAGUAAAUAUAUUUUUAUAGUGUGGAAUAAAUAAAUAAUAAAUGAAUAAGAUGCGUGCGAAAUUAAAUAGCAAAAAGUUGAAAAAGAUUCCUGUAAUUAUAUAUCAUUUACAAAUUUGGAACAGCUGGCAUAUUAUAUCCAAACGAUUGUCAGCACUGAUAGUACUUUAGUUUGUAUAAGAUAUUUAUUUCAACAGAAAGCUAUACUAUUUCACUAGAAUUACAAAAUCGAAGUGGUGCAUGGCAUCUGUGCUCUCUGCAGAAAAGAGAAAAACGUUGAUAAUCAUAGGAAAAGAAAGUCAGUCAUAGCAGAAAAACAUAAAACUACACAAAAUACGAAGGAAACAAGAAAACCUUUAUUACUGACCGCAAGUACAGUCUUUGAUAUAUUUUAUGCUAAAUCUCUCUGUAGCAUAUCGUGAUAGUCAGCUCAGAGGAAUCAUAAUAAUAACGACGAAGAGUAUGGAAGGACUUUUUACCGUUGGUUUUGGGUCGAACAAGAUGAAGACCUGCGGUUUCCAGUGUCUUGUACCUUGGAUCUGAGAGUAACUUCCUAUCUAUAAAUCAAUUCUACCAAAGAGGUCUAUCACGCUAAACCUGAUCGAUGUUCCAGAGGCAAGAUUGCCGCUUCCUAACUUUUCAUACAAGUCUAAUGUUUGGAAAAAUAAACUGAAACAUAGAGCGACAUCUAGUCUGCAUAUCUUCCAAAAACGCACAACUCCAUCUGCGAUCGUCGGGGCAGGAGCGGACUUUUCCUGAGACAUCUCAGAACCAGAUUUUCUUGAUAUUUAGAAAUUUGAAAACGCAUGGAAACAUAGGUUACCGAUCACGCUGAAUCUCAUCGUAAUGUUUGUUUUUCGCGAAAGUUUCAAAGAAUACUGAAAACCUAUACUACUAUCCAAAUAUCAGAAUAUACGCCAUUUUAUAAAUAAUAAAACAAAUAUUACGACGAGAUUGAGCCUGAUCGAUAACCUAUGUUUCCAUGCGUUUUCAAAGAACUGUGUCGGAUUUCAUGACCGUACUCGAGUCGACAAACUAAAUACGUAGUUUUGUGGUGCAGGUUGAGGCGCGCCGAAUAGUAUAUAGGAAGUUGUGUUUUCAUCAAGUUUUCUGGAAACUAGAGUCAGUUUACUGUUACAGGGCUAUAAUUCAAGUUUUUAUGAGUCUAGUAGAUUCUUGCUCAAUAUCGAUCACACUGCUCAUCAGCGAAAACUAUAAGACCCUUUUUCUAUAUUCACUUUGGUAGAGCACAUCUCGGACUACACAUCUAUUAUUAUAUCUUGGAUCAUAGAGUCGACUCUGUACUUUGGCUCUAGAAGCUCAAUCAGACGCUUGUUUGGCAAUAUAAGUGCACUGUUUUAUAGAGCACAUCAACAGCUACAAAAUGCAUUAUCUCACUUCCUGCUUUGUUAUAGUAUAAUAGCGGCUCUUUGAUUAGAAAGUACCAUGUACUCGUGAAUGCCUCAAAAGUCCAAUAGGCAUAUUUCCUCAAAAUAUCGUGCGUUGAUACUGAAAUUUAACCAUGAACACAGUUUUAGUAGCUCUUUUUACUAGUAACCUUAAAAUUUCGAAAUGGCACUAUCAGAUUUACAAGUUGUUCUGGAGACCCAAUGAAAAACCAAAUGUUUUAGAAAGAAUCACUUUUCGAUGUUGACUAUCAGAGGUUGUACUCUUUAUUAAAUUAUGGUUUCUCUGAAAUUUUCACUGGAAAGAAUUGAUUCUUGACCGAAUUACGAUGAAAGCUGUACACCGUAUUCAAGUGGCCUGAUGUAAAUAUUUGUCAUAAAUUAACAUCUAUGUUAUAUCCAAGGCUGAAAACCUCAAAACGACAUCGUCGCCAGAGAGAGUAUUUUCUCGCGUGACAGACUGUUUCGUUCUCAACAGAAAGAAAACAGUCUCUCUUCGACGAGAAAUAGUAAGACGCACUGAUUUUUAUUGAACAUGAUAGAAAAUAACCUAUCUUGCAUUAAUUGUAAUCGAAAGAUUAAGCAGAAGAAACCCUCUUCGGACGAUCAUCGGCCACUAUGCUUUUUUAUAUGGUGUUUGGUCUUUGAUAGGCUCAUCAUUAUCAUUUGAAUCAAAUUCAAUGCAGAUGAGGUAACGUGUUCUACGUGAAUGGCGGCUUUAAAGUCGACAUCGGGUUAAAUAAUCGUUAUCUGGCGGGAUCUGUAGGUCGAAUUCAUUUUCGUGAUCGUACAAGUGAGCCUUAGCAUAAGCUUUACUUUGUUAAGCUUCAACUGAUAUGUUUCACAUAUAUAGUUACAGGAAAAAUCCAUAUCGAGUUCAGGAAAAUCAAAAUCACCUUGCACAUCGAGUCAAGUAAUCCAUUUUUCUCGUAAAGAGAGUAGGCCAGUAGAAACUAGUUUUUCAAUUCCAUUUGUCGAUUUAGCAGCUGAAGCAUUUUCUGUAUCGUAGCUUCAUGCUCCAAAGACUUAGAGACGUAGAGGACAGAACGAUAUUUGUUUAGAGAAGCAGCAGCAAUACUGGAUAAGGUUCCAAGGUCGAGCAAGAACGGCUGAUAGAUUCGUUGGGAAAAAAAUCACUUCUUUUUAGAUUGAACAUUGAAAGGUCCUACUACCCAUCGCCAUUUAGUUACCAUACGAGAUUCGUUGGCGGUUGUGGUUGACAACUGUUUGCCUCCCUUACUCACAAGGCCAGGCAUCUUUACGUCAUACCCAAGAGCCUCGAACUCUUGUCCAUGGAGUUUAAUUACAAUCCGAGUUGAUUAUCUGCAGUUAAGAACGCAUUGUACAGAGAGAACAAGCGCCAUCGUACAUCUGGUUCUCAAUUCGUGCGUAAUAGUGAUCAUGAAGGUAACUCUGAAGACGAGCAAGAACGAUAACCAUCGUAUAAGGCGGUUGAUGUUCAUAAUUGUGGAGUAAUUUCAUGCAUUUACAUUUUCUUCUUUCAGUAUUUUUCUGUUAUUUUGCCCAUAAGUUACGGCUUUAGUCGGUCACGUAUCCGAUAGUCAUUUAUUUAACAAAGUUUCUUUUUAUCAAGAGUGUUUUAUCUUUGUUAUUAUGUAGAAUAUCCUCGGUUUCUACUGCAGAACAAUCUUUUUUUGUUUAACACUUUGUAUUUCUAUUCCAAAUGGCAGUGAGUUGAUUACUCAUCGUUUCGGUUUUUUGUCAAGUCAGAUGCUUCCUGAACUCAAUGAGACCUACGUCUCGGUAAAAUAGCCACUAAAAAAGCUUUUAACCACUUGGUGAGGUGGAAAUGGAGAAAAAAAUUAACACACGUUUCGAAUAUUGUUGAAAGCAAGUAUCGAAUACGCAGUGUACCUCAACGGUACUAUUGAGUUGUGACAAAAGCAUAUGACUUAGAUCUAGCUAUAAAUUACUUUUCUACUAUAAUGAAUUCUCCGUUCUUUUAGUGCCAGUUUGUGUUCGAAGUCGAAGAUGCUAUAUUCUGAUAAUUUUAAUUGUUUUCUACUUACUGAUUAAUUUUGUAAAACAAAGAAAUGUUGAAGAAAAGCCUGAAUUAGCAGAUAAAAUAGAAUUUCUGACGAUAGAUCCAAAUACUCAAUAUAUUAAUAAAAACGAUGUGCCAGGUGAUCUGUUAUGGAACAAACAGCUAUACGAUAAAUGGAUUUCUAAUUCAAUAUUAAUCAGAAAACAACAUGAUAAAUUGAGUAGUUCUAACAGAACAACUAUAUUUGAUAUAAGUGUGAUGGUAGUAACAGGUGAAGUACAUCAUCGUGAACGAUGUGAUAUAAUCAUGUCAACAUGGGGUAGUCAGCAAAUUCCAUAUGGAAAUUUACAUUUUAUUAGUGAUUCUAAUGAUAACUUAUUACCAGUCUUACAAGUGAUGAACCAACCAGCUGAUUACUGGAAAAGUCAACGUAAAUGGAUUUUAGGUAAACAGAGUGAGUGUUUAGAGCACUGUACGAGCGGCUUAUCCACUUCAUUUCAUAUAAGUUUGGGAGAAAAAAAUUAG